UGGCGGAGACAGGCCGGCCGGGGGAGCCCCACCGCCACGCCAGCCGCUAUACCCUACCCACGUCGCCGCUAUAAGAACCCGAGGAGCGCCAUGCCCUGCCGCCCCACAUCCACACGCCAGCCAGCCACAGCGUCUCGCCAGUUCGCCACGCCCACCGCGCAUAGCACGAGCUGCUUGCGUGCUAACCGUAGCGCUUGUGCUUCGUGGACAGCCAGUUUCCGAGGAGAGACAUCCCCUCGAUCUCCUAUUCUCUUGUCCUUCUCCAAGCCGCUCUCCUACUAUAUUAUUAAUCACCCCGGCACCAGCGCGGCCACCACCACCACUUGAAGGGCUUGUAGUAGCCAAGCCAACUCGAUCGCUGGAGUACAAGCUAGCUCUGUCUGAUCCAUCCGUCCAUCCAUCUGCGACCAGUCAAGAUGCUGCACGAGGCGGCGCCCUGCACGUGCGGGCUGCUCUACGGCAGCUGCGGCGGCGGCUGCUCGCUGCUGUUCGCCGCAGCCGCGGCGGGGGCGGACCACUACUAUAAGCACUGCGGCGGCGGCGACGGGGAGGCCUUCAGCGGCGGGCUGUACGGGGGCUCCGUGGACUGCACGCUCUCGCUGGGCACGCCGUCCACGCGCCGCGCCGAGGCCGGGGCGGCGGCCCGCGCGCCCGCCGGCCUGCACAGCUGGGAGGCGCCCGCUCCCAGCUGCAACGGCGGCAGGCAGCAGGAGGCGCGCGGCGCCGAGGCGGGCGCUCGCCGCUGCGCCAACUGCGACACCACCUCCACGCCGCUCUGGAGGAACGGGCCGCGCGGACCCAAGUCGCUGUGCAACGCGUGCGGGAUCCGGUACAAGAAGGAGGAGCGGCGCGCGGCGGCCGCGGCGGUGGCGCCGGCGGCGGACGGCGGGGUGGACUACGCCGCCUCGUACGGCGGGUACGCGCGGCAGCCGCAGCAGUGGGGCUGCUACGGCCCGGCGGCGGCCGUGGCGAAGGCGGCGUCCCUGGGCAUGUUCGGCGUGGACGCCGCGGCCGAGGUCGUCGACGGGCCGUGCCUGCCGUGGGGGCUCGGCGUCAUGCCGUCGUCGCCGGCGUUCGGGGCCGUGCGGGAGAUGCCGAGCCUGUUCCAGUACUACUAGGUACACUAGUACCACAGCUAGCUAGCGCCUAGCGGGGAUGGUAGGCUGCAACUCCACGUCCGAAGUCGGAAGUCCCCCCUUUUUCUCUUUCUCCUCUUUUGGUAACAACAGGAUGCUUGCACUUCUUUUUGGAAGCCAUGACCAUGAGACGAUGCUGUACUUUGACCACCAACGAGCCAAACCUGCAUCAAAAGCCGAAGCUGAAAUGUGGAUCAAUCCGAUCUCUCCAAGCCCGGCCGCGCGCUCUCAUCUCCUCUUUUAUUUUUCUUUUUUUCUUCUGCACUUGCUGCAAAUUUUCCAUUCAUUAUUUGUAGCGCGUACUUCACCAAGCUCUAACAUGCGUAGCACUGUACUUUGAAAUGUGCAAGUUUUCCUGUUUGAAUCUUGAUGCGUGACGAUGCAUAUGUGGCUGAUGAA